CAGGAAACGUCCACAGAGCAAAGCGCGUAAAGAGUCACAGCAGAGCAGUUCACGGCAGCCUUUCACAGACAGUUCUGCUUCGUGUUGCUGCUUUAAUUUAUUUCAGGACAUGUCACGGAAACCCAUAGAAGAAUAUCACCGGUUCUUCUCUGUUUCCGACCCGCGGAACCACGAGAAGGGGCACACGGAGUACAAAGUGACAGCCAGGUUUGUGUCCAAGCGUCAUCCGGACGAUGUGAAGGAGGUGGUGGUGUGGAAGAGGUUCUCCGAGCUGAAGAAGCUCCACGGAGAGCUGGCCUACACUCACAGGAACCUGUUCAGGAGACAGGAGGAGUUUCCAGCUUUUCCACCUGCACAAGUGUUUGGAAGGUUUGAUGAAGCUGUGAUUGAGGAGAGGAGGAAGGCAGCAGAGAGCAUGCUUGUGUUCACCACCAGCAUAUCUGCACUCUACAACAGCCCACAGCUCAAGGAAUUCUUCAGAGGUGGUGAAGUCACAAGACCUCUGGAUCCCUCCCCUGUGUCCUCAGCCGGGCCUCUGCCUCCUCCUCUCAUUCCCCUGCCAAAGAGGAGGGCCUCAGACUGUGAACCUGCCGAAGAGGAGGAGGGGAGGGAGGCUCCCACCUUACCACAAGACCUGGGCACCAACAUUAGCUUGGAGCUCGGGGAACCGGAAGUGGCGGCAGAGGCUUACAAUGAGAUCGGAGGAUCUCCGACAGAAGAAGAACAGGAGGACCUCAGCGAUACAGAACUGGAUGACCGAGCAUCCUCUCCUGAGCUAUCUUUAACAAGACACCACCAGUCAGAGGAGACCCAGGAAGAAUUCGAUUUGUUGUUUGACCCAGUGGUAGAAGAGCAAUUCCUGUCUCCUAAGGAGGAAGGACCCCCGCCUCUGUCUGAAAAUGACCUGGCUGUCUUUGAUCCCUGCUAUAAACAAGAAAGAUCAGACUCCUCGAGUGACCACUCUGAACUGUUCUCGCUGCCACCGGCCAGUCUGAUUGGAGGAGACGCUGGUUACUUGAACCAAGCCGCCCAGGAGCUGACGGCUGCCAUGGAGAGGGAGAAGGAGGGAGAGUUCAGUUCUGCCAUUCGUGGAUACAGGACAGCGGUGGACAUACUGAUCACUGGAGUCCAGGGAAAUGUUUCAUCGUCUUAAUUCCCCAAGAAAACAUGAAGUUAAGGAUUGCUAGUUACAAGUUUCCAGAUUGGUUUGAUAGCGGCCGUCAAGUCAUCUCCAUUGUUGGGUCUGGUGAUCUUCGUCCUGAUGGUACCUCAGAUACAGACAUAGAUUAUCUACGGGGCUCAGGUCAGGCCAGUUUGAUGGCCAUUCAACCCCAGUAACACCAUGGCCCCUGAACCAGCUUUUGGUACCUUUUGGCAGUGUGCCAAGUCCUGCUGGAAAAUGAAAUCUCCAUAAAGCUUGCCAGCAGAAGGAAGCAUGAAGUAAAAUGCUGUAAAAUAUCCUUUUAGAUGGUUGUGUUGACUGUGGACUUCAGGAAGCCCAGUGGACCAACACCAGCAAAAGACAUGUCACCCUAAAUCAUCGCUGACUGUGGAAACUUCACAAUGUUUUCAUCUGACAGGACGACUUUAGACAACUGAGCAACAGUAAAUUCCUGGUAAGAUGUUUUCAGACAUUGCCUCUUGUUCGGGAGUCACUUAACAGAAGAAAUGUGACAGUUGUAGCCCAAGACCUGGAUGGAUCUGUCUGCUUGUGGUGGAUCUUGAAACUGUGACUCCAUCUGCAGUCCACACAUUGAAUUUCUCCCCCUUUCCUCUCAUGGCUGUAACUUGAGCGCACCUUUUCUUUCCAGAAAGACUGAAUUUGACUGCAGCACUCUGUGAAUCUAACAAAUUAUGAGAAUUAAACUCUGUAUGUGUGAUUAAUCUACAUAUGGCUGCAAAUUAUUUGACUAAAUCAGUGAAAUAAAUUAGCUUUUUAAGGGUAUUCUAGUUUAUUGAGAUGUGCCUAUAUGCUUGCUUUAAUUAAUUGUGUUUCAGUAGAUCAUAAUUAACCAAAGGUUCACAACUCUUGUUCACUACUGAUGCAUACGUCCAGUUCUUCACAACAGCUUGCAGUGUGCCAAGUAAUUCACAGGAAAACAUGUGCACCACUUCAGAUGAUGACAUUUAUAUCCUAAGUUUGCAGUUAAUAUCUUGUGACGUAUGACCACCAAAGUUAGCGGUGAGCUAUGAGGGACUAUAUUCAAAUGAAAUGCUUACAGUAUGUGUAUCAGUGCUUUAUCAGCCUUUUUGUGAACCUUGUAUUGAUUCAUUGCGGGUAUUGCUGCAGUGCUGGACCCUGUCCUUUCCCCUUAACCGUGGGAGAAUUGUCUAUGUUGCUAAAUUUACAAUAUAGACUCUUUUCAGGUGUUGGUUUACAUCAAGCUGCUAUGGGCUGCAUGUAAAAAUGCUUUUACUUUGGCUUUACAUUUUAUUUACAUGUGUGAGAAGUCUAUAGAUGCAAGACUUAAAAUAAAAGGUGUAUGUUGUGUCUU